ACCGUCAGUUUUUGAUACGCACUUGGUUCUUCCAUUCACUUGCGGUGCAGCAGCUUCACCCAUCUCCACACCAAAGGAUUUUGUAUUGGCCGAUAGCAGGCUGGACGCCGGUUGCUACUCGGCUUUCUUGCCGAUACAUCAGUGACAGUAUUCUUUAUACUCUAUUUAACAAAUUUCAAAAAAUGGCGAGUAUAAUUGGUCAUGUCGUUAGUAAUUACAAUGAGAUCUUGGAAACAAAUAAAGAUCCAAUGGUAGAUUCUUGGCUACUAAUGGGCUCGCCUAAGCCGCUCCUCCUGAUUCUUGGCGCAUAUUUGACUUUUGUCCUGAAGGUCGGUCCCAAAAUGAUGGAAAAGAGGCCAGCUUUUGAGCUGAAAACCGUUAUAAUAUUAUACAAUGGUUUUCAAGUAUUAUUCAGUAUUUGGUUAACCAUACUGGCACUUAAGGUUGACUUGAUGAGUCUUAUAUUCACCGAUAGCUGUGAUACGAAAAGAUCUCUCCCGACGAACGACAAGCUGCAGUCUACGUUAUCGGUAGGAGCCUGGUGGUACUUUUUCUCAAAAAUUACCGAACUCAUGGAUACAGUAUUUUUCAUUCUUCGUAAGAAAUUCAAUCAAGUCUCCUUCCUCCAUGUCUAUCAUCACACGAUAACGGCUUUUUUUUCUUGGUGCUACCUUAAGUUCCUACCCGGUGAGCAAGGUAUUGUCAUCGGCUUUCUCAAUUCCUUCGUUCACAUCGUCAUGUAUUCGUAUUACCUAAUCGCGGCCCUUGGUCCCGAAUAUAGAAAAUAUUUAUGGUGGAAGAAAUACAUGACGUGGAUGCAGCUGGUACAAUUUGCAAUGAUGCUCGUAUAUCUGAUGUUCACACUUACCGUAGAUUGCCAUAUGCCAAAAGCACUCACAUACUUUUUCCUUACAAACGUUAUUAUUUUCAUUUAUUUAUUCAGCGAUUUUUACAGAAAAACUUACGCUAAAUUGAAGAAAAUCUAAAAUAAGUGUAAUAUAUAAUUUUCAGUGUUAA